AAUCAGGAGGCUGAGAUGAAGGAGGAGCCUGGUUCAGUUUCAAUAAAUCACAUGAAUCCUCCCUCAAACACCAAGAACGAACUGAGGAGAAGCUCAUUCUUGGUGAAGAGAAGCCUGAAGGCUGACGAAGGUCCGUGUGCAGAGAUGAGGUCCGCUUCAUGGAUGUUGGUUCCGUGGCUGCUGCUCUGCUCUGAAGGCUCACAGCAGAAAACAAAGCAGGAGGAAGCCAAGACUGGAGACGACGUCCUUCUGUGGUGCCAGGGCUCCAGAGACGGAGCAGUUGAAGUUCUGGAAUGGGUCAAACCCGACCUGAAAUCCGACGACUACGUCUUCUUCCUCAGAGAUAACCAGAUAUAUGACGACUACCAGCAUCCGUCGUUCCGUAGUCGUGUGAGGCUGAGGGACCCUGAGAUGACGGACGGAGACUUCUCUGUGGUUCUGAAGGAUGUGACGCUCCACGAUGCUGGUUCCUACGAGUGUCGUGUUAGGAAGAGCAGCUCAGAACGCAGGAAAAGAGCCACACCUGAGCUGAUCACCAGCAUCAAGCUGAAGGUCCAGGACUCCGCUUUAGUCCAGACCCAUAUCACAACCGACGCCGGGAACCGGGUCACACUACCCUGUCGAGCCGGCAGCAGCUCCUCUAUCACGGCGCUGGAGUGGGUUCGGCCGGACAAGGUGGAUUUCGUCUUCUGGUACCGGGACGGACGGUCCCACCCAGAGAAGCAGCACCCGUAUUACAAGAACUGGGUGGAGCUGCAGGAUGAACAUAUGGAGGACGGAGACGUGUCACUGACCGUGAUCGAAGCCAUGAACAUCGACAGUGGGAUGUAUGAGUGUUGGGUCAACCAGGACGGAACCAAGCGCCAGAUGGGUUCUGUCCAGCUGCACGUUCGACCUUCAGGUCCUCGUAAGGGUGUAGGAGGUUAGGAUGGAUGUGCUGGACCGGGUUUAAUGAAGAAUCAGAAACGUCUGCAUCCUCAAUGUAGAAUCAACCAGUGUACGACCUGUGACCUUGACAACGACCUCUGACUGCUCGUUUACAUGAAGAAGCAGAAACGUUGCUGUUAUUAGCAGAUUAAUUUUUAUGAAUGAUACAUAUUUAUCUUAGUUGCAAACAAAAAAUGUAAUCUAUUGUUCAUAUUUCACAAGAUAUAAUGUUUAUUUUACAGUUUGUUUCUUUCUUUGUUAAUAAAGUUUCAAGUGUUAAUACUGUG